AUGUUCUUGUCCUCCUCCCCACAACAUAUCUGUGCCAUCUUGCUCCUCGUAUCUGUCGUCGCCACUACUGUAACCGCCACCGACCACAUUGUGGGUGCAAAUCGUGGUUGGAACCCUGGUUUCAACUACACUCUCUGGGCCAACAACCAAACUUUCUAUGUCGGAGAUCUCAUCUCAUUUAGGUACCUGAAGAACCAGUACAAUGUGUUUGAGGUGAACCAAACUGGUUAUGACAACUGCACCACAGAAGGGGCUUUUGGGAAUUGGAGUAGCGGCAAAGAUUUCAUACCUCUGAAUAAGGCCAGGAGGUAUUACUUUAUUUGUGGCAAUGGCCAAUGCUUCAAUGGGAUGAAGGUCUCUGUUCUUGUCCAUCCUCUCCCUUCUCCUCAUACUUCUGUUAACCAUUCAACGCCAAAUUCUGCUGCUCCGGUGGUCUUGGAAUGGGGGCUACCAUCUCUAGUGUUGUCUUCUGCUUUAGUUUGGUUUGGUUGGAUGUAG